CCCCGGAUCUGGAGCAGCGCUGGGCUUCUCAGUUGGCUGCGGGAGAGGCGAGGGAGCGGGUCCUUGUCUCUUUCGCUUCAUGUCUUCGGACUGGUUCAAGAGGCGCUUCUUGAGCGCGGCGAGCCGAGGGAAAGGCGCUCCUCAGCAGCAGCGGCCAACGGAGGAAGGAGGCACACGGCCACAGCCGCAGCUCCCCCGGUUGCCGUACAGGCGGCCCAAACUCCUGCGCGGAGCUGCCUCGGCCGGGGAGAGGCAGCCUGGCAAGCGCCCCGUCGCCUGCCCGCCGCGAGACAAGCCCCUCCAGUGGAACGCGGGCUAUGCAGAGUAAGUGGGCGGCCGGGGCGCAUGACUUGGGGAUGCCUCUUGCAAAGCAGCGGCUUAAAAAUAAACUUUAAAAAAACAAACACCUCUUGAGGACUACCAUGCCAAAUCGGCAGCGGCUGGAGGUUAAGCCUAGAGGUGUGCAAAAGCAGCAAGUAGCCCCGUAGAGCUUAAAAAGCCAGGACUUUAAAAUAUGGCACGAUAAUCCUGCUUGCCUACCUAGUUUAGUGCAUUUAUUUUUCACGCACACGUGUGCGGACGCCCCUUUUGGCUGAGAGUGAAAGCAGGCCCGCACAUUUCUGUUUGUCCCUGCAGUAUCAAGGAGAUCGAGAAAUCUGAUGCUGUUUUGAAAUUUUAAAAUGUUUUUUCCCUAGUCUUACAUCUGGGUUCCCUGGUUCAAGUCCCUCUCUCACUAUUUUGCCACGACUCACUCUUAGUGAUGGGCUGGACUGCUUUGGUUAAAUCAUAAUUUUGUAGCCUUUGUUCUGGGCAAUAUUGUAAGGUUAUUAAAGGUAAAGGGACCCCUGACCAUUAGGUCCAGUCGUGACCGACUCUGGGGUUGCGGCGCUCAUCUGGCUUUAUUGGCCGAGGGAGCCGGCAUACAGCUUCCGGGUCAUGUGGCCAGCAUGUCUAAGCCGCUUCUGGCAAACCGGAGCAGCCCACGGAAACCCCGUUUACCUUCCCGCUGGAGCGGUACCUAUUUAUCUACUUGCACUUUGAUGUGCUUUCGAACUGCUAGGUUGGCAGGAGCUGGGACCGAGCAAUGGGAGCUCACCCCGUCGAGGGAAUUCGAACCGCUGACCUUCUGAUUGGCAAGUCCUAGACUCUGUGGUUUAACCAACAGCGCCACCCGCGUCCCUGUAAGGUUAUUACAAGUUACAAUAAUGCACAGUCUGUAAGGGUAGGUACAGAUAGCAACCACCUCAGCAUAACCUGCAUGUUCCUGGCUGCAAGUGGUAAAGCAAGAGAUUGUAAACCACAAUGGUGCAAUGUGGGGCUGCUUUGAAUUGCUUGAUUCUCUACCAAAGAGAACAUUUGUACUUUUAAUAGUUGUAUGGCAAGGAAAUGUGUGGCAAGACUGGUUUCUUCUGACACAGUGGUGCUUUGACGACAGCAGCAUCCAUCCUGUUGCACAGAAUGGAUAGAAAGGGGAGGCAAGUGAGAAAUAAGCAAUUUGCUUCCCCCUUCUUGUACCUAUGUAGUAAUACCACAGACCAUGAUAAGGGUGCAACAACCUAAAUAAAUGGUGUGACUUAGUGCCUACAAGCAUCCUCCUUAUUUUAAUGCUUUGACUUUGUGGGCAGGAUUCUGCUAAAGUGAAGCACCUGAAGUCCUAUUGAGUUCAGCUGAAGGGAUUUAACUCCCCAGUAAAAGCAGUGGCACAUACACGAGCUUAACUUUGGCAGAAUUGGCCUCUGUGCUUUAGGAUGAAAUUUGUCCUUGGCCCUGGCCCAGUCUCUCUACUUAUACAGUCCAUUCUAGAACUAGGAGAUUGAGGAGUUUAGUGAGCAAAGCCAGCUGGGAUCAAUACAUUAAUACUCAGUUCCAGGAUCUCUCCAUCUCAUACCCAGUCUUCCUUUUUUGGGGUGGGGGGUGGGCGGAUUGGAAGAUUGCAAGUGCAGUACUCGAAGAAAGGGGGGAGGGAGAGGUUUCCGUUGAUGAAAUAUUAGGCAUUGAAUGUGCCGAAAGAGUGUACUCCCAGGCUUUUAUGAAAAAGGUCAAAUUCUUUACAGGGUUGCCAGAUUCCAAGAACACUGAUACCAUGUUCUCCUGCUUGCUCAUUGCAACACACCUGUCUUUAAUUCAAGAAUAUUUGCUAUGUAAUAGCAGUAGCAUAUGGCGUGUUACUGUAAAUUGCUCAGAGGUUGUUAUUACUAAUAUUAUAUUUAUCAUAUCAUAUUAUAUUAUAUUAUAUUACAGUGGUACCUUGGGAUGCGAACGGGAUCCAUUUCGGAGCCCUGUUUGCAUCCUGAAUAGAACGUAAGAUGUGACGGCGCGUCUGUGCAUACGUGGGUUGCAUUUUGCCGCUUCCGCACAUGCACAUGACGUCAUUUUGAGCAUCUGCGCAUGCGUGAGUGGCGAAACCCGGAAGUAACGCGCUGUGUUACUUCUGGGUUGCCGCGGAGCGCAACCCGAAAGCGCUCAACCUGAAGCACAUUCAACCCAAGGUAUGACUGUUUAUCAUAUCAUAUCAUAUCAUAUCAUAUCAUAUUAUUAUUCCACCAUUCCUCCAAAGAACCCAGUAAAUAAGUAAAUAAAUGUUCAAUUUUCCAAGAGUAAAGGAAAUAAACAGCACAAAUAAACACAUGACUAAUUAACUGCACCAUGCACAGUGAACUGCUCAGUUGUGUAUAUUGUGCAUUGCACUGGUCAUGAGAGAACGCCAAACUAUUGUGCACUCAUGAUGACGUGCACAUCGUGUAAUACACUGCAUAUGAUCUUCUCACCUUCUGAACAUAAUACUUCAUGCUUUUAUAUUUUAAGAUUGUUAAUGUUUUACUUCUAAUGUACUUAAAAAAAAUACUUAUGCCCCUAUGGUUGAGAAACACUGCUCUACACGUAGAAAAACACAUUGAAUUUGAGGUUGAAACUGAAACUGAGGCCAUUGUAUCAAGUGCCUCUUUUUUCUUAAUGAUUUGUUUUCAUAAAGCUACAGGAAAUCUUAUUUUCUCUGCCUGUUGAAAUUAUAAACCUGUCCUCAGACUGAACUCUUCAGAUGAAUUGCAUUCUGUGAGGUCAACAAAUCCUCAAGGGGGUGGGGUGGGGAGCCAAACACAGCAGGUUUUCUAACUCUAUAUGAACAAACACUUUCAGAGAAAAUAAAGAAGCAACACCAUGUGACUGACAAAAACUGCUUUCAGCGUGAAAGAAAGAAGACAAGUUGCUUAUGUUGAGGUUAGUGAGGUUGUAGGAAUAGAAACAAGAGCUUCCUUGUUGCAGGAGCUGCCACAGUGAUAUUGGACCAAAACAAAUGAUAAUGUUUUAGCCCACCCACCUCCUUAAUGUAUUAGGGGCAGACAAAUUUUUAGUUGUUUCUGCUGCUUUCCAGACAAUUUGGGGAAUUGCUAUGCAGCGGGCAGGGAAAAGACUGUAUUAUUACUGUCAAUCAAUAUGACUGGACUUCAGUGUGCCAGAAAAUCUUUAUUGACCUGGACAAAAUAGGUAGCACUUAAAAUACUGCAAAAAUGGCAUCUCUUCCCUAUAUGUUUAGGCCAUAUUAGCUCCUCCUAUUCACCAAGCUGUUGGAGAGGAUGUGCAGUGUUAGGUUUUAUUCAACAUAUGCGGUGGAUAUGCAGGAGAGUGGCUCAGUUCUUGGAGGAAAUAUUUGGUGAAAUAAAAGCAGCUCCUGGACAAAACACCUCUAAACGUGCUCAGUCUUUUUGUGGGAAUAAAUUAAAGAUUCGAAUCCCUAUGGACCCAUGUGUUUGGGUGAACAACAAAAAGAAAUGGCUGGGUCCUGGAUUCAAAAUGCGGGGUCAGUGCACAGAAAGCCCCCAGUAACAGAGUAUUAAACUCAUAAAAGUUGCACAGCAGUAUAGCAUUAGGAAUAUAGGUUGUUAAACCCUUUUAUUAGCACGUAAUAGCUGACCUCUUUCUAUCCCUUUUGCAAUGAGCAGACACAAACUGUUAAGUAAGUUUAAAAUGUUUACUUACCGAUUCAAGGUCUGCAUUGUUUCAUGCAGUAGCAAGGAUAAUAUAUGCUAAAUUGGGUGGAAAAUGCAGUAAGAUAGCUUCAGAAACUUGCUCCAAGCUUAGAGCUAGUUUAAGCAUGUCUGUUCUGGUUUAUUACAUGAUGCUGAGAGAGAGAGAGAGAGAGAGAGAGAGAGAGAGAGAGAGAGUAGAAAGGCUUCACUUCCUCUGCAAGGAGAAGGGGCAUGACCUAACUGAGUCUGUCUAGCAAUAUAACUCUGUGGUUCUUACCCCUUCAUGCACCACUAGCAGCAGGCAUAGUUAUGUUUGACUGUAAUAUCUUUUUAGGAAAAAUAACGCUAACUUACAGUUCAGAAACCCUAACAAGUUCUCUUUUACUAGUGGGCAAACUCCUAAUAAUAAGAUACUGGAAGAAUUUGGAGGGUGCUUCUUUGACAUCUGGUACACUAAAGUAAGCCAAAAAGCACUUGUGAAAAAAAUUACUAAUAAAAUUGGCACAUGGUUUGAUGCAUAAAGAGUCCUUUGCAACUGAUUAGUACAUCUUUUUCCAUAAGUUUAUUGUAUUAGCCAAAGGCCAUGAUACAGCUUUAUUAUGUACAUGACCAAAAACGAAAACAGAUUACUCCCAUCACAUUAGAAAACUUUGUUAGCAUAAAGCAGGCUUGGCUUCCUCAAACUUGGCCCUCCAGAUGUUUUUUUGCGACUACAAUUCCCAUCAUCCCUGACCACUGGUUCUGCUAGCCAGGGAUCAUGGGAGUUGUAGGCCAAAAACAUCUGGAGGGCCGAGUUUGAGGAAGCCUGGCAUAAAGUUUCUAUCACAUUCCAUACAAAUGGUAGUCUGAGAUAGGAAUAUUAUAUUAUUUGGGUGUAAUUUUGGAUGCAGUGCUUAAACUAAACUUAUUCUGGGCUAGGGUGAAAUACUUUAUUUUAUGUGUGUGUGUGUGUGUAUAUGCAUGAUGUUAAAAUAAUAUGUUGUAGGAAUCUAAUAAAAUAAAUCAGUAAACUUAAUGUUGAAAGUAUGUUGACCCACUGCUGCAAUAGAUUAUGCUACAUAACAAGAGCACGGCAAAAUAGCAAGUCUUGCCUCUUGGUGUGGGUGAAUGUUGAGUCAGUCAGUGGGGCAAUAUCUUUUGAAAGAGGACACUUCUUGCUUAGAAAGAGGAAAGAACAUUUAGAACGUCAGCCAUUUCCUGUGCUAAGUCAUUAUCUCCGUAAUGCAGAGGUUUUCAACCUUUUUGAGUCCACGGCUCCCUUGACCAACUACAUUUGCUCUGUGGCUCCUCUCUGGGGAAACACACUCCAAGCCUUGUGGAGUGUUCCCUCAGGCUCCACUCCCCUCUUCUUGGUAGCUUCCACCACUGGCCCUGGUCUCUGAGAUGCCCCCCCACCUCAAAGAGAGGUGUCUCCUCAUGCUGCCCACCAGGGGGUGGGAAGAGGAUGCCCUCAGCCUUAGCAGCCUGAUGGAGACAUAGACAUGGGAGGGCAUCCAAGGAGGGAGGGAAGUAAAGAGGGACAGAGGCCAGUGUUGCUUGCGGCGCCCCUGACCAUCUCUCAAGGCACCCCAGGCCAUAAUGAAUCGGAUUAAUGGGGAUUCUGUGGCUAAAUUAUAUUCUUGCGGUGCCCCUGUGCUUGGAACAGAGGAAAGGCGACAGGAAAGGCACCCAGUUCAGCACCUACAGAAAAAACAUGGAGCCCCUAGAAUAAACGUAGAGGACCCAGAGUGUAAAGGGAGACCUGCUCCCUUCUCCAUAACCACGUGCAAUAUGCAGGUAUUUCCUAUCACACCACUUCUCACUGUUUUCUCAAAGGCCCUAUGAAUGACUGUGGCACUUGCUUGCUCUAGGAUUAUGUUUGCUAGCCCUGAACUAAAGGCCUGCAGCUUGGAUUUCUAUAGAUUCCCAGUCUUGGUGAUUUGGGUGUACUCUCCUACUCGCCAGUAUCUUAUAAGGUCUGAUAAAACAGAUUGCAUCCUGCUUUUAGGCUCCAAGACUACUCAGCUUCUUGGCACCUGCAGGGUGUCAUUUGAAGUCAAUUAUGUCAUCAACCAUAAAAUCGCUAGUUUUCAAUUACAUUGGACCUACUAAAAUGGAAUUGCUUCAGUUGUUCUAGUGAUUUUGUUUCUUGUGCCAUCAGAACCAUCAACGCAGAAAAAUCAGAAUUCAAUGAAGACCAAGCAACAUGCUGUCAUAUCUCUAUCAGAAAGAGGCAACAUGGCAAAGAGGAGGACCAGGAGUGGCUGAUUCUGUGCACUAGUGAGGUGAGUUCAGAUGUAGCAUUUCCGUCUACAGCAGGGAUUAAUUAGAGCCAGGAUUUACCAAGGCUCAGCCUAUGGCAGAACUUGUUUUGAUUCAGUUCUGAAACUUCAUGAAGUCUAGAGGUGAAUUUCUCUGAACAUAUACAGAGUGCAUGAGUUUAAUUGCUUGGCAGUUAUAUUUGUCCCCAACUUUGUAACGUCUUGAGAUGAUUUACGAAGAUUCCAUAUUCAGUAUAGCGGCUGUCAUGGACUGGCUGGAAACAGAGGAAAGGUGGGCGGCACCAACUGGGGAACCCCCAAGGGAAGAAGGCUCAGAACCCAGGGAUUGGUGGUGGGACGAUGAUGAGUGGUCAGAGGGAGAAGAUUGGGAGGAAGAGGUGUCAGAAGCUGAAGAGGCAACAGGAUUUAGUGAGCAGGAAGAGGCUGUGGCAGAGAGCAGUUCCAUAGUGACCAACAUACUAAUUUAACUACUGUCAGUCAGAAAAUUGAAACAAAACAUACAUAAUCAUUAUAUCUAGUAAGAUAUUUUGAGUGAUUACAAAAUGCUAUAUCCACAUCCAGUCAGAUGUCAUGGUAGGCAUUCUUACAUUGUGGAAAAUGGAGGUUGUGUCAUUUAUUUGCAUUGAUCAGAGAUAAAGGUCAUGAUGACAAUGUAUUUCUUCCUUUCCUCUUUGGACUGCCAGGUUCAGUACCCAUUAAAAGUGGCAGCUAUGUCUAGCUUUGUCUUAAGUGACUUUUGCUAACUGUUUUGCUCUCACAAGUAUGACAUUCUCUCCCAUUUAUAACUAUCUGGCUUCCAUUCAGUCGGCUAAUUAUUUCUGGACCAUAGUCAUGUGUGGUCAAUAUGAGUGAAGCACAAGUAUUUCUAAACAAUUAGGGCAUCUUCCUAUUCCUCUUGCGGCAUACGCUGAAUGGCUUGGUUUGUUCUUCAAUUCCUCAUUCAACAUUCUGAGAAUUCCGUGAAAGGCAUGAGCUGCGGGUUUGUAUCUGCCUGGCAAAUCCAUUUAGAUAAAGGAAACAACAACAACAGCAAAGCUCAGAGUAAAACUUGGAAUAUAGAGGAAGUUUGUACGUCAGAGAGUGGGCAGCUGAUGCCCUUGUGGAACUAGCAGAUUCUAUGGUACACUUUGGAGUACAGUGGUACCUCGGGUUACAGACGCUUCAGGUUACAGACUCCACCAACCCAGAAAUAGUACCUCGGGUUAAGAACUUUGCUUCAGGGUGAGAACAGAAAUUGCGGUGGCAGCGGGAGGCCCCAUUAGCUAAAGUGGUACCUUAGGUUAAGAACAGUUUGAGGUUAAGAACGGACCUCCAGAACGCAUUAAAUUCUUAACCCGAGGUACCACUGUAUAAUUGUGGCUUACAGCAAAAGAGGAAAUGCUUGCUCUUGUGUGAAUGAAUUUGUAUCCAAAGAUCCUAACAAGCAGAUGUGAGGGUUGUGUUUUAGAAUGUUUUAAUAAUAAUAUGAAUUGAUUCCUGAAGCACACACCUGUCUGCUUCAGUUUUCAGACUAUAGAGUGGUUCAUAAUUCUAAUCCUCACGACAACACUGAAACAGGUGAGGUUGAGUGAUUGGUGACUUGCUUAAGUGAGAAUUGUGAGUCUGGCUCCCACAUACAAAGCAAACAUGCAGCCUGCUGCACCCUCAGAUGUUCUGGCAACAGCAUAGAAGAGUGUACUAAAUGGUGGUAAAAGUCUCAAUGCUUGACUUUCAGUAUCUGACUGGCCACUACUGGGCACUGUUUGAUGGUCAUGGUGGGCCAGAAGCAUCUAUCUUGGCCUCCAACUACUUGCACUGUUGCAUCAAGCAGAAAUUGGAGGAUGUGGUGGAAGGCAUCACUCAAGAGCGUCCCCCGAUGCACCUCAGUGGGCAGUGCGUUUGCCAAAGUGACCCACAGUUCGUGGAAGAAAAACAAAUUCGGCAGGAGGAUGUGGUAAUUGGAGCACUGGAGAAGGCCUUCCAGGAAUGUGUGAGUGACCUUGUUUCCCCCUUUAUUGUCUCUGAGAGGGUUAAGGCUCCUUAUAUCACAGAUGGCCAUUGGUGCAAAUCUUGCUCAAGAUCCUGUUGUUUUCACAGCCAGGCAAACCAGCUGCCUUGCCCUUGGAAGUUUCUGCUGAUGUGGCUGUUUAUUCCAUGACUCAUUGUCAGAUGUUGUGCCGAUGCAGGCUUAGUACCCUAUGCAUUUCUGCUUGGUAUAUAAAGUUUACUAUGACAUAUCUGUUCCCAUGUAAGCUGCCAAGUCACAAGAAACGUUUGCUGCAUGAUCAUGUAUGUGAAAACAUAAUCGCAUGAAAAGAAAGUGGCAUGUGUUUGUUUGAACUGACUUGAUUGUUCGGAUGAUUAGUUAUCUAACAGUGGUCAUAAAGUUAGAUUUCAGACUUUGCUGAGAAAUACGGCACCUGCUUUGCAUCAUCAUCCGAUGUUUUUCCCCAACAGGAUGAUGUAAUUGGUCAGGAGAUGGAAGCUACUGGCCAAUCAGGAGGUUGUACUGCACUAGCUGCACUUUACUUGCAGGGAAAGCUCUAUGUGGCAAACGCAGGUGACAGCAGGUGAGUUCACAUCCAAAUGCAACCUAGGAUGAGACCCAACAUUGUCCUUUUAGCCUAGUUAUAUAGCAGGAUUCUUCAUGUCUCUUGAGUAAGAAAGAUAUUCAGUUAAUGUUAGUUUUCUCUGUUUAACAAAAUUAGAUGUUUUGUUAAGUGCUGAAUAUAUUACAUUAAGCAUGCUUGUUAAAAUCGAAAAAAAGCAGCUGCCAGAGGCCUUAAUCAGGGUCAGGAAUUGUGUUUAACCCUUUCCUCCCUACAUCAGGUUCCUAAUGAAAAUCCCUUCCCUGUUUGAACCUUUGUGUGGAAACAGAUGUGUGUGUGUUGUGUUGAUUUUCAAUGGUAAACUGGUGUAGUGAGAAAAGGGUUAAACCUCUCCUCCCAGAAUUUAGAAGUCCUGAUCUGAAUGGAGGUCCUGUGUGGCUGUUUUUCCUUGGAAAAAUAUAAAGACGCUGUGAGCAUGCUUUUUAAAGAAGAGUGCUGAACCUAAAUUGAAAUUUCACUUUUUGCCUUCGGGAGUAGAGCUGUCUUAUGGAUUAACUUCUUGCCACUCUUCAGGCAUAGCUUGUGGAGAGAUAGUCUCUUUGUUGUAUUAUUUUGAAUAUUGAUGAAAGGUAUUUCAAACGUACACUUGUAGGGUGGUGGCAUACAUAUCUUUAGUUCUUGGGCUGGCCCAAAAAGGAUUUUCUUCCCCACCUCCUGUCUUACUAAAGAAGCUGGUUGUAUAGCAACAAUCACAUACAUCUGUCACUUAUUCCUAUGUCUGAAAAAAUGUAAUGAGAGAAGUCCACUUGAAAGAGUUAACCUCAGUUUUUAUAUUAUUUUAUUUAGGGCACUCCUUGUUCGAAAACAAAGCAUUGUCCCCCUGAGUACUGAAUUCACUCCAGAAACAGAGAGGCAGAGAAUCCAACAUCUGGUAAGAAAAACACACACCUUUCUGCAUAUUUUCUAAUGGCAACAUGUCUGUCUUGCACUACCCAUCUCUCAUGAGUGGUAGGGUCAUCCUGAACAGCAGAGUAGAUUCAUUCUGAGAUCACCACUACUCUUGCUUUGUAUUGCGCUUUAGUGCUAGUCUAAACAAAGCAUUGAAGUGGUGUGAAGUGCUAAGUGUCUGAGUAUAGCCUUAUAUAGAAUAGAUCUAUAUUCUGUCAUUCAGAAUAAUGUUAAUUAGACUGCACAAACAGUGGUUAUUCAUAUCCAGUGAGGAGCAAUCUCUGUAAGCAAUCUCUGUAAGGAAACAGGUUUCCCUGCAAAUAUCAUUCCUAUUGCUUUUAUGGUUUGGGGACCCUUGUUUUAAUUUUGAAAUUAGAAUAUUCUACCAGUGAUUUAAGGAUUUUUAUUCCCAAUCUCCAUAGAGAUAGAGUAUUAUGCCACUGAUAAUUAGGGACUUGGCAGUGGCAGAAUACGCAACACAAGUUUUCCCACUUUCUCUACCACAUUCCCCUGAAAAUGAUGCUUCCAUUUUAAGUAUUUUUGAAUGUUCUUUUUCUUCUCAGGCUUUCAUGUACCCAGAGCUUCUGGCAGAUGAGUUCAUACGGUUUGAGUUUCCAAGGAGAUUGAGAGGCGAUGAUGUGGGCCAGAAGGUCCUUUAUCGAGAUUACUCAAUGGAAGGCUGGUGAGUCACUCAAGCCUCUCUUGGCUUGGAUAAGAGGAUGCCCUGGAUGAGCAGUGUUUGUGUGGUGGAAUUGUGUUGGAAAUGCCAUUGGAGGUCAUCACUCUGCUCAAUGCAGGAUGCUUCUGUAACACCUGACAGCCACCCAGCCCCUGCUUAAAUGCAUCUACAAUCUCCCAAGGCAAUCUGUUUUGCUGUCAAAUAGCUCUAGUCGUUAGGAAGAUAAUUCUAGUCUUUAGCUGAAAAUCUGCUUCCUUGCUGUUUACACUCUCCAGUCCUACACUUAAUCUGGUCUUGCCCUUUGGAGCAGCAAAGUACCAGCCACCGUUUUCCGCAUGGCAGUCCUUCAUCUCUCUCCCCUUAUUGGUCUCUAGUUGCCUAUCUGCUUCAGCCAUGCUAUUUUCUUAACCUGGCAGGAUGGCUUACAUCAGGCACAGGCAAACUCGGCCGUGCAGAUGUUUUGGGACUACAUUUCCCAUCAUCCCUGACCACUGGUCCUGUUAGCUAGGGAUGAUGGGAGUUUGAGUCCCAAAACAUCUGGAGGUCCAAGUUUGCCUAUGCCUGGCUUACAUUAUAGGGGGGAAAGGUGUUUGGCUUUCAAGAGGAGACAACAUCAAAUUCUGAGAUACAGUGGUUGUCUCACUGCUCUUGUCUCUCAAUCCCUCAAAGGAUUGAAGAAAAGCCUAAGCUUGCUCCCAAGAACCCAUCAGUAAUGUGCAGCUGUUUUUUUUUAACAUAAAUGUGAGAUGGAAGCUGCUCAAUAAUGGUGUUAAUUAAUGGUAGUCUGGCUUCUGGUUAGAGUAUGGUGCUGAUAAUGCCAGGGUCGCAGGUUUGAUUUCUUUGUGGGACAACUGCAUAUCCCUGCAUUGCAGAGGGUUGGACUAGAUGAGGCCCUUCCAAUGCUACAGUUCUGUGCUUUCUGGGGAUCUGAGCUGCAAUUCUGAAUCCACCCACCUGUUAGGCCUGUGCUCUGAAAUGGCUUUGGGAUUGACGCCACUGAUUACUUUCUUAACUGUGCUACAGGCUUCCUGUACAACCUUGCGAACCUCCUUGUGUAAUGGAGUACUGCAGUUAGUAGAAAAGUUAAUAUGUCUGCAUUAAAGGGACAUUUAUAUACAAGGACUGCAGCCACGGAGUAAUAUGUUUUACAUUUAUUUAGUGUGUUUAAACCUGUUUAUCUUCAUAUUGGAUUGUGGCCAUGGUAUGACAGAAGGACUGCAAAAAUGACCUUUCUCGUUUCAGGGGAUACAAGACGGUAGCAAAAGAUGACCUCAAGUAUCCUCUUAUCCAUGGACAUGGAAAACAGGUGUGCCUGCAGGACCCUUGCAAGCAAAAAAAAGGGGGGGGCGGGCGGGAAGAGCCAGUGUGUCCUUCCUAUACUGUUUUUUAUGCAUGCAUACAUACAUAAAUUUUAGUUGUAUGCUGCCUUUCCAUAGUUGGAACCAUGCUCAACAUGUAAAAUAUUGCACAGCUGCAUACAUACCAACAGUGUGGAGCUACCUUGUUAGUGGUGCCUCCACUAUGAAACGUCCCCUUGUCAGUUUACAUGUUGUCAAGUAUGAUUAUCUUUAGGGACCAGAUAAAAACAAAAUUGCAUUCCCAAGCUCUUGAUGCUUAAUGGCUUUUAUGUGGCUCUUGAGAAGUGUGCUGCUGCUGGAAACAUUGGUUUUUUUAGAUUUAAUUACAUUGUUCUUUGUGUUUAAAUGUGUGUGGUGAUCUGUUGUGACUAUUACAUUGAAAAGAUGAAUGUUUUAAAUAAGUUUAUACUUGAUACUUGAAAAUACUUGGAAUUACUACUGGCUCUAUGCUUGUGACACUCUUCCACUCCUUGAUGCCUCAUCCUUUUUUAGGCUCGCUUGCUAGGCACCCUGGCUGUUUCACGAGGCCUGGGAGAUCAUCAGUUGAGAGUUAUUGAAACAGAUGUUGAAGUCAAGCCUUUCCUGUCCUGCAUUCCAAAGGUAGGAAAUUGAUAGGACACACUAAGUCUUUUCAGCCAUGGUUUUACCAUUGUAGUUCAGCUUCUUUCCCCUUUCUGGGUCCUCUGAAUAUCUUCAGGUAAAGUUAAUUCAGCUUUGUCACUAUUUCUAGUAUUUUGCCAGAUUUUAUUUUUUUUAAAAAACCACCCCCAAAAAUGUAGGUCCAUAUAGUGCUGCAGCCCUAAACAGAAUGGGUAGCUAGUCAUUAGGAACCCAAUUAGACAUGCAUGUGUAUACUGACUUUGAGGGUCUCCUGAUGUGUUUGUCAACAGGGGAGAGCUAUUGCCUCCAUACUAUGCAUCUAAGUUUCUCAGGAACAUCAGGCUUCCCCCAUUAGAAAAAAAAUAAUGCUGUGCUAGAAGAUAGCCUUUGGUCCCAUCCAGCAGGCCUUGUCUUGUAUGCCCUUAUUGUAGUGACAUGUAUUUAAAGCAUGUGUGGCAGACCUGUGGCUCCGCACAAGUUGCUGGACUCCAGGCUCCCCAUUUAAACCAUUCUCUAGGGAGACUGCAAACAUCCAGCUGUUUGAGGAUAGCAGUUAAGAAAGCUUGCAUCUUUUCAUCAAUUCUGACUAGGUUGAAGUAUUAGACUUUGCCAAACAAAACAUCAAGGAAGGCGAUGUCCUCAUCAUGGCAACUGACGGUCUUUGGGAUGUUAUGUCCAAUGACGAUGUGGCUCAUAUUGUCAGGAAUUUUGUCCAGGAGAACACAUCUGACCCAUACAGGUAUGUUAGCAGAAAAUAUUUGAAGAGCAUUUGUGCUAAAAGAAUUGGGGAAACACACUGGAAAAUAUUUGAAUACGCACACCUCUGCUUUUGCUUAUGUUGACAUGUGUUCUGGCAUAGCAGUGGUAGGGAAAUGGCAGUCCAUGGGCCAGAUCUGUCCCACAAAGCCUCUCUUCUCAAGCUCCUCCUACCAGGAACUGCAGUCAGCUGUUUGAUGAAAAGAUGUGAUGAGCAGAGAGAAUCCUCCCCACAAUCUUCCUCAUUGCUCAGCUGUUCAGGAAAUAGCUGCAUGAGAAUGAAGCAGUGGCUAGCUCAUCUUUGCACACUGAAAAAUGAAGCCUCUGUGAGGUGUAUGUUCUAUGUGUAUAAGAGACCAUGUGGGUGCCUCUACCCACCCCCCAGGCAUGUUUACUGUGAGGGAGUUUUUUUUCUCAGGCUGAGUUAUCUUGAUCACCUAUACAGUUGUACCUUGGUUUUCAAACAGCUUAGCUCCCGAACGUCGCAAACCCGGAAGUGACUGUUCCGGUUUGCGAACUAUUUUUGGAAGCUGAACGUCCUGCUUCCUGCAGCCAAUCAGAAGCAGAGUUUUGGUUUUCAAACAUUUUGAACAUUUUCCAUACUUAAUGAAGUUCUCUGUAACUGAUACUGAUGUACAGAGAAGCAUUUUAAGCAGAGGUAAAGGCAACAAGAAGCUAACCUGUGUGGUCUCAAGUCUUCAAAAUUGUUAGGAAUUGCUGGUGGGCAGAGAUGUGUUGUACUCCUGACCUGCUUGUAGCCUUCCCAGUCAUUUGGUUGGACACUGUGAGAACAAGAUGCUGGACUAGAUGGGCCACUAGCCUGAACCAACAUCCUUUUCUUAUCUUCUUAGAGUUACUCUGACAAAAUUCUAUUCCUUUUACAUUUAGCUGAGAUUGCUUUGCUAGAGAAUUAGUUUACCAGAGCUGUUGGCAGUACUCAAGACUCAAAUUGGAUGCUGAAACGGUUUGCUUCCACUGUAGUGUGUGGGCAGCAGUACCAGAACAGUAAACCAAACUCUCAGUGCCUUAAGUACUGUAGUUCAUCCUUCACCUGUCUUUAGGAUUGGUAAUCACUGCUUUGGGAGAUAACAAAGUAAUUGUUUGUUUUUAUAGGUUUACAGAACUAGCCAAGUGCCUGGUGCAGAAAGCAAGGGGAAAGAAGGAUGGAUACUACUGGACUAUGGGGAAUAACAGGCCUGCUUCUUAUGAUGACAUUUCUGUGUUUGCAAUUCCACUGUACAACAGUGGAAUGGCAAACACAGUUCUGAACACCCCAUGACUACUGAGCAAGUUAAUUAUUGUAUGAUGGUAUUAUUGCUAUUAGUGACAACAUUUCCAGGCCAACAGCUGCCAUGUGGAAAAACAACAACUUUUCACUGUCGUCAUUGGAAAGCAAAUGCAGAAAACGCAACUUGUACAGUUUUGGUGUCAUUCCCUUGGGGCAGCUGUAAAGUCCCACUUCCUUAAAGAAGAUUUUCUAACUCAGUAAGUGGAGCAAGAUGGAAGCUUCCCUCAGGACUUUCUUUUGCAAUAGCAUUAGUAUCAAAGAAAUGGCCUGCUGCCACUAAUGUGAACUUAAUCCAUUUUAUUCUUAAAUGGGAUUUUAGCAGCAACUUUGUAUAUCUUACAAAAUGUACCAAGCUAAACAGCUUCUAUCAUGGCUCACAGAAGUUACAGCAAGAUGUUAAGCUACAUCAAUACACUGAAAACAUGACCACAAACCACUAAGUGAAAGUCCCAGUGCUUUUCAUGCAACAAUUCUGUACAGGGGUUUGCCCAGUCUUUUAAUGGAAUCUGUAUUAAAUAUAGUGUUUACCAAGUUUUGCCUCAAAACUUCAAGCUGAAGCUGAGGUACUGGUACGUGGUGAGCACUUUAAAAAAAAAAAUAAUUCUUUUUUUAGGUCAGACAACCUUGUAUUUUGUUUAUAAUUUUGUAUAUUGUUGUGACUUAAACAUGGUUAUUUUUAAAUGCAAUAAAAUAUCUAGUUUUUAUUUU